AUGACUACUACUCUGACGAGAUUUUUUUCCCUGGUGCCCGGAAGACGUCAGUUGGCAUCUAGGUCCCACCCGUUUAUUUUUGAAAUAGCACUUCCAGCCUGUGGUACUCCUUUUCGUUUUCUUGCUUCCCUGUUAACUACAAUCUACAAAAAAUUAACUACAACGUCAAUCGCCAUCUUUUAUCUUCUUAAACGCCAUUACGCAUUUAUCCUUUCCUCAUUCCCCACUCUACCCCGUCUUUUCCCUCACCUUCACUUAACACGUAACUCCCUGUAUACUAGUGGCAUUCUCAACGUGCUUAGGUCUGUUUGUUUGUCUAUAUGUAUCGACUUGCCAAUUUUUUUCCUCUCUCUCCCUAUCUAUCUAUCUAUCUAUCUAUCUAUCUAUCUAUCUAUCUAUCUAUCUAUCUAUCUAUCUCAGUCUGUUGCUAUCUAUCUAUCUAUCUAUCUAUCUAUCUAUCUAUCUAUCUCAGUCUGUUGCUAUCUAUCUAUCUAUCUAUCUAUCUAUCUAAUGCUUACAUUCAUGCAACUAAAUACUUAUUUCAAUAAUCCUCUAAGGAACCGUCCAUGGCGAAACGAUUGUAUUUCUCUCUAUCUCCGUUUCUUGUCAUCUAUUUGUAUAUUAAUCUAUCUAUCUAUCUCUCUAUUGGUGUGUCUGUCUGUCUAUAUCUAUCUGCCUGUAAGUUACUCUCUCUCUCUCUCUCUCUCACUCUCUAUCUAUCUAUCUAAGUCGCUUCAUGUAUAUCUGUUUCUUUCAGUCUGUUCUGUUCAUAUCUAUCUAUCUGUUGGUUUGUCUAUAUCUAUCUGCCUGCCAGUUUAUCUAUCUAUCUAUCUAUCUAUCUAUCUAUCUAUCUAUCUAUCUAUCUAUCUGUUUUUUUUUUCAGUCUAUUCUGUUCAUAUCUAUCUAUCUAUCUAUCUACUUACAGGUCUGUCUGUAUCUGCCUGCUUGCCAAUCUAUCUAUCUAUCUAUCUAUCUAUCUAUCUAUCUAUCUAUCUAUCUAUCUGUUUUUUUUCAGUCUAUUCUGUUCAUAUCUAUCUAUCUAUCUAUCUAUCUAUCUAUCUAUCUAUCUAUCUACUUACAGGUCUGUCUGUAUCUGCCUGCUUGCCAAUCUAUCUAUCUAUCUAUCUAUCUAUCUAUCUAUCUAUCUAUCUAUUGGUCUGUAUCUGCCUGUUUGCCAAUCUAUCUAUCUAUCUAUCUAUCUAUCUAUCUAUCUAUCUAUCUGUCUACUAUCUGUCUGUAUCUGCCUGUUUGCCAAUCUAUCUAUCUAUCUAUCUAUCUAUCUAUCUAUCUAUCUAUCUAUCUACUGGUCUGUCUGUAUCUGCCUGCUUGCCAAUCUAUCUAUCUAUCUAUCUAUCUAUCUAUCUAUCUAUCUAUCUAUCUAUCUAUCUAUCUAUCUAUCUAUCUAAGUCGCUUCAUGUCUAUCUGUUUCUUUCAGUCUGUUCUGUUCAUAUCUAUCUAUCUGUUGGUCUGUCUAUAUCUAUCUGCCUGCCAGUUUGUCUAUCUAUCUAUCCAUCUAUUUAUCUAUCUAUCUAUCUGUUUUUUCAGUCUAUUCUGUUCAUAUCUAUCUAUCUAUCUAUCUAUCUAUCUAUCUAUCUAUCUAUCUAUCUAUCUACUGGUCUGUCUGUAUCUGCCUGCUUGCCAAUCUAUCUAUCUAUCUAUCUAUCUAUCUAUCUAUCUAUCUAUCUAUCUAUCUAUCUAUCUAUCUCUUUCAGUCUAUUCUGUUCAUAUCUAUCUAUCUAUCUAUCUAUCUAUCUAUCUAUCUAUCUAUCUAUCUAUCUACCCUGCCAAAUAACUCUCUUAAUUUUUCUUUUUUUCUUGUUCAUUUUUCUUCUUUUUCUUCUUUUUCCUUCAUUUUUCUACUUUUUAAUCUUUUCUUCAUUUUUUCUAUUACUUCUUUUUCUUCAUUUUUCUUUUUUCUUCAUUUUUCUUCUUUUCCUUCUUUUUUUCUUCAUUUUCCUUCUUUUUCUUCUUUUUUCUUCAUUUUUCUUCUUUUUAAUCUUUUUCUUCAUUUCUUCUUCUUCUUUUUUUUCAUUUCUUCUUCUUCUUUUUCUUCAUUUCUUCUUCUUCUUUUUCUUCAUUUUUCUUUUUUCUUCAUUUUUCUUCUUUUCUUUCUUUUUUUCUUCAUUUUCCUUCUUUUUUCUUCAUUUUCUUCUUUUUAAUCUUUUCUUCAUUUUUUCUUUUUUCUUCUUUUUUUCAUUUUCUUUUUCUUCUUUUCCUUCUUUUUUCUACAUUUUCCUUCUUUUUCUUCUUUUUAAUCUUUUUCUUCAUUUCUUCUUUUUUAUUCUUUUUCUUCAUUUUUCUUUUUUCUUCAUUUUCCUUCUUUUCCUUUAUUUUUUCUUCAUUUUUCUUCCUUUUUUCUUAAUUUUUCUUCUUUUUAAUCUUUUUCCUCAUUUUUCUUUUUCUUUUUUUUUCUACAUUUUUCUUUUCUUUUUUUUACUUUUUCUUCGUUUUUCUACUGUUUCAUCGCAUUUCAUCCUCUUUUUUUCAGAUUUAUCCGUUUCAAUUUUUUAUCCUCGAAAUGUUUUCCCACUACUUUGCUUUCUUUCUUUCUUUCUUUCUUUCUUUUAA